CCUCCACUUCUUGAGGGUUCAAAUGUGCCAACUAAAUCAACAAGUAAUACCAGUAAUCGCAAAUGGGCUCAUGUUGUCAAUAUCAACGAUGAUCUUCCUAAUUUUAAAGACUUAGUACCAGAAAUGGCGCGCGAAUACGCAUUUGAGUUGGAUGUUUUUCAAAAGCAAGCAAUAUAUCGUCUUGAAAGGGGUGAUUCCGUAUUUGUAGCUGCACACACAUCGGCUGGAAAAACUGUCGUUGCAGAAUAUGCUAUCGCCCUUUCAGCCAAGCGUAUGACACGUGCAAUUUACACUUCUCCGAUUAAAGCGUUAUCUAACCAAAAGUUCUAUGACUUUAAAAAGACUUUUAAGGAUGUUGGAAUUCUUACCGGUGAUAUACAGAUCAAGCCCGAAGCCUCUUGUUUGAUCAUGACCACUGAAAUCCUUCGGUCCAUGUUAUAUAGAGGCGCCGAUCUAAUCAAAGAAAUUGAGUUUGUGAUAUUCGAUGAAGUACACUAUGUAAAUGAUUCGGAGCGUGGUGUUGUUUGGGAAGAAGUCAUCAUUAUGCUUCCUCCUCAUGUUCGUCUAGUUCUUUUAUCAGCAACUGUUCCAAAUACUGAGGAAUUUGCUGAAUGGAUUGGUUGGAAACAGGUUAACGACAUACUGUCAAAAAAAGAUAAGAAAGAAAAGGAUUCUAGGGUAGGCACGCGCGGUGCUCGAGGAGCGGCUCGUGGAUAUAGAGGUGGUGGCGGAGGAAGUUAUCGCUCAUUUCAACAGGAUAAAAGCUUAUGGAGUAAUCUUAUUGGUCUCCUCAAAAAGAAAGAGCUUAUUCCCGUUGUCAUUUUUGUUUUCUCCAAAAAAAGAUGUAAUGAAUACGCAAAUUUCUUAACCAAUUUAGACCUUUGUGCUGCACGUGAAAAAAGCCUGAUUCAUACAACCAUCGAAAAGAGUCUAACACGAUUGCAAGGAUCAGAUAGAAAGUUACCACAAGUAUUAACUAUAAGUGAUUUACUGAAAAGAGGAAUUGCAAUACAUCAUGGGGGAUUACUUCCAAUAAUUAAAGAGUUGGUCGAAAUAUUAUUUGAAAAAGGGCUAGUGAAAGUCCUUUUUGCAACGGAAACUUUUGCAAUGGGUGUUAAUAUGCCUGCACGAGCAGUGGUUUAUUCUGGAAUUAAAAAGCACGAUGGUAAAGCACUAAGGGAACUAAAUCCAGGUGAAUAUACACAAAUGUCCGGACGUGCAGGUCGCCGUGGAAAAGACAAGACCGGAGUAGUAAUAAUAGCAUGUACAGAAGACGAAGCACCUAGCCCGUCGGUUCUUAAGCGGAUGAUUCUGGAUCCUCCAGAAAAAUUGAAAUCUCAAUUUCGUCUUAGAUAUAACAUGAUUCUUUGCCUUCUACGUGCUGAAAAUUUACGCGUCGAAGAGAUGAUUAAACGUAGUUUUUCAGAACAUUCGACUCAGAUAUUGUUACCUACAUAUAAGCAGUUGUUAGAUAAG